CGGUAAGGGGCGCCCAACGACGGCCGGCUUCUUCGGAAGUUACUUGCUGGGGCGGGCGGGUUCCGGGCCGCCCCUCGGCCGCCGACGUGCGCCCGGGGCUGGCGGGCGGUGCGGCCAGACCUCACAUCGGUGCCCCGCGCGCGCUGCGAACCCGCACCUGCCGCCGCCUCGGGCGCCCGGGACGACCGGGGCAGUGCCUGGGCGCGCGCCGCCGCCCGCUGGUGAUGCCCAGCCCUGAGAGGACCCGGCCGGGCGCGUCCGCGUCGGUCCGAGGGUCUAGAGUUCCCGGAGGAUGACCUAGCAGCCCACGCCCCACCGGCCUCCCGAGGGCCCGCGAACUCGCUGGCGCGACCCUCAGCGGCCAGGCUGGCCGGCGCCCAGACUUGACGCCUGUACCCUCGGGUGCCGUGCCCUGGGCCAGGCUCGCCGCUGGAACUCACAAUUGGACAAUCGUUUCUUCUCGAAGAAGAGUUUUCCUUUUUAAUUCCCCCCCCCUUUUUUUGGUGUUUUUGUUGAAUUUUUUUUUUUUUGAAGAAGGGAAUUUUGGGGGGACAGAAGGAAGAACCGCUCACCGGGGGAAUACACAAAGGGGACAAGGGUCCGCCGGUGGGAGUCGGAGGCGUUGGGUCCAGGAUGGAUGUGGCAGACCCGCAGCAGCUGGGCAUGUUUACCGAGGGUGAGCUGAUGUCCGUGGGCAUGGACACAUUCAUCCAUCGCAUCGACUCCACCGAGGUCAUCUACCAGCCACGCCGCAAGCGGGCCAAACUCAUUGGCAAGUACCUGAUGGGGGACCUGCUCGGGGAGGGGUCCUACGGUAAGGUGAAGGAGGUGCUGGACUCAGAGACGCUGUGCAGGCGAGCCGUCAAAAUCCUCAAGAAGAAGAAGUUGCGGAGGAUCCCCAACGGAGAGGCCAACGUGAAGAAGGAGAUCCAACUCCUGAGGCGGCUCCGGCACAAAAACGUCAUCCAGCUGGUGGACGUGCUGUACAACGAAGAGAAGCAGAAAAUGUAUAUGGUGAUGGAGUACUGUGUGUGUGGCAUGCAGGAGAUGCUCGACAGCGUGCCCGAGAAGCGGUUCCCUGUGUCCCAGGCUCACGGGUACUUCUGCCAGCUGGUAGACGGCCUUGAGUACCUGCACAGCCAGGGCAUCGUUCACAAGGACAUCAAACCGGGCAACCUGCUCCUCACCACUGGUGGCACGCUCAAGAUUUCCGACCUUGGCGUGGCUGAGGCCCUGCACCCAUUUGCCGAGGACGACACAUGCCGUACGAGCCAGGGCUCCCCGGCGUUCCAGCCGCCCGAGAUUGCCAAUGGCCUGGACACCUUCUCUGGCUUCAAGGUGGACAUCUGGUCGGCUGGGGUCACACUCUACAACAUCACGACAGGGCUGUACCCGUUCGAGGGCGACAACAUAUACAAGUUGUUUGAGAACAUCGGGAAGGGGGACUACACGAUCCCGGGCGACUGCGGGCCCCCACUCUCAGACCUGCUGAAAGCGCGUGCCCGGGCUGAUCCGCUGGUCUCCCUGCCAGGGAUGCUGGAGUGCGAGCCGGCCAAGCGGUUCUCCAUCCAGCAGAUUCGGCAGCACAGCUGGUUCCGGAAGAAGCACCCGCCAACGGAGGAGCUGGUGCCCAUCCCGCCGAGUGCUGACUGCAAGGACCGGUGGCGUGGCAUGACGGUGGUGCCCUACCUGGAGGACCUGCACGGCUGUGCUGACGACGGAGACGAGGACAUUUUUGACAUUGAGGAUGACAUCAUCUACACUCAGGACUUCACGGUGCCUGGUCCCGGGGGAGGAGGCUGGUCAGAACGGACAGAGCCGGGGCCUGCCCAAGGCCCUGUGCAUGAAUGGCACAGAGUCAGCCCAGCUGGGUGCCAAAUCGAAGGCAGAGCGCCGGGCCAGUGCCGCCUCCAACCCUUCCCGCAAGGCCUGCUCUGCCAGCAGCAAGAUCCGCCGGCUGUCAGCCUGCAAGCAGCAGUGAGGGUGACCAUGCAGCCCGAAUCUGGAGCCCAAGCUCGGUGCCGUGGCCCAGGCCCUCAGUCUUCCCGCCGACGGCGGGCCUGCCACCCAUCGCCCAGAGUGGCUGCUGCUGCACCCUCCAUGCUGCUGCUCGGGAAGUGGGGUGGGGUCCGUGGGGUCUGGCCCUCCUGUGGCAGCCAGUGGACAUGACCUGUUGACUUGCAAUCCUGUGCUGAGCACCUCCCGGUGGGGGGAGGGCCUGGCGCUUGGGCCCAUGCGAAGCCUUCACAUGCACUUUACGUUUAGACUACUGGUUCUCGCCUGCCCCUGACUCUCCUCUGCUACACGUGAGCGCCUCUCACACCUAGUGACGUGUUCAAACCACAGCCAGAGCCGGUGUGAAGAGCAGGCUAUCCACUGAGAUGCAUGCCUAGCGCCCCAGAAGCCAGGCGGAAGUCUUGUUCUUGUUUGGUUUUUUUCUUUUUUUUUUAAGAAAAAAAUAAAAACAGGUGGAUUUGA